AGAGCAUCCACAAGCUGAAGGAGAAAGCCAAGAAGCGGAAAGGCCGAGGCUUCGGCUCAGAGGAGGGCUCGCGGGCCCGCGUUCGCGAGGACUACGACAGCGUGGAGCAGGAUGGGGAUGAGCCGGGCCCACAGAGGUCGGUGGAGGGCUGGAUUCUCUUCGUCACGGGGGUUCACGAGGAGGCGACGGAAGAAGACAUCCACGACAAAUUUGCGGAGUACGGCGAGAUAAAAAACAUCCACCUCAACCUCGACAGACGGACGGGCUACCUGAAGGGAUAUACUCUGGUCGAGUACGAAACCUAUAAAGAGGCGCAGGCGGCCAUGGAGGGGCUGAACGGCCAGGAGCUGAUGGGGCAGCCCAUCAGCGUGGAUUGGUGCUUCGUGAGAGGGCCCCCGAAAGGAAAGAGAAGGGGCGGGCGCCGACGGAGCAGGAGUCCGGACAGGAGGCGCCGAUGA